AUGGUGCGACCAUUGACACCAGUUUUGCAAAAAAUUGCCAUUGAUGAACUGCAUGAAGAUCCCGAGCGUGUUGCAGCAGAUAUUGAAGCUUUGAAGACAUGGAUUAGUCAACAGCCUCAUUUAAGGGCACGUACCGAUGAUCAAUUCCUUUUGGCAUUUUUGCGUGGCUGCAAAUUUAGUUUGGAAAAGGCCAAAUCGAAAAUUGAUCGUUAUUAUAUGCUGAGAUCGAAGUUUCCCGAACUGUUUUCUUUGCGGGAUGUCAAGAAUCCACACAUUGAGGAAAUAAUUAAAUUGGGCAUUGGCUUGGUACUGCCCACCCCAUUAAAUGAAACAGGACCAAGAAUUUUAUUGAUACGCAAUGGCUGCUAUGACCCCUCGAAAUAUAACUUUGCCGAUAUUAUGCGUGUUGCCCAGGCCUGUAAUGAAAUUCUAAUGUGGGAAGAUGAUUAUGCCAUUGUUAAUGGUUUUGUACACAUUAUGGAUCUGAAGGGUUGGACCAAGGAGCAUUUCUUUCAGGUUACACCAAGUUUAAUGAAGAAAAUGACUGUAUAUUCAGAGGAGGCUAUGCCCUUGAGACCAAAGGCCUCACAUGCCAUUAAUGCUCCAUCGAUAUUUGAAUCUGUUUUCAAUAUGCUAAAGCCAAUGAUGUCCAAGAAACAAGUGGAUAGGAUGGUCAUCUAUGGUUCCAAUAUUGAAAAAAUGUACGAAAAAAUCCCCUUGAAAUAUUUACCCAAAGAAUAUGGUGGUGAAAAUGGUUCUAUACCGGAAAUAAUCGAUACAUGGCAUAAGAAAUUCUUGGAAUAUAGUGAUUACUUUGCUGAGGAUGCUAAAUAUGGUACCGAUGAACAAUUAAGACCCGGUAAACCUGUAGAUUUUGAUAAUUUGUUUGGAAUGGAGGGGUCAUUUCGUAAAUUGAAUGUGGAUUAA